UACAAACAUAAGGGGCUGCAGUUAUCGACUGAGCUGCUACUUGCUUGGUAUACUUGCGUAUGUACAGUGCGGCUCCUGUUACUGUGAAGAUCACGUACAAUACAGAUCACUGCAUUUGCCAGUAAAGAAGAAACAUUAUAAGAAUAUCUGACAAAUUCAGUUCUGCUGAACAAGACAAUGUCUGACAAGACCGAAAGCCAAACCUCAGACCUUCCUAUUGCACACGGUGACUGUACUGACGUGACACCUUCAGAUAGCUCAGCAGUUGUACAUGGAGAAGAACCGUAUGUGUGUGAUAAGGUGAAGACUGAGCAGGAUGAAGUUCCUAUAAAUACGGCUACAGGGUGUCUAGAGGAAAACCCGGGCACUGGGCUAUUAAAUGUGAAGGAAGAGGAUGAGACAGAUGACAUGAAUAGUCAUCAGACUGAAAUACAUUGCUCCCUCCCUGCCGAUGAAGAUAACGCUGAUAUAGUGAAGGUUGAGAUAACAGAAGAUUUGUGUGUGAGGCAUCAGCUGGAAGCCCCAGAUGAGGAAUCCAUUGACAGUAUCAACCCAGGGUGUCUAGAGGAAAACCCGGGCACUGGGCUAUUAAAUGUGAAGGAAGAGGAUGAGACAGAUGACAUGAAUAGUCAUCAGACUGAAAUACAUUGCUCCCUCCCUGCCGAUGAAGAUAACGCUGAUAUAGUGAAGGUUGAGAUAACAGAAGAUUUGUGUGUGAGGCAUCAGCUGGAAGCCCCAGAUGAGGAAUCCAUUGACAGUAUCAACCCAGGUGAUGUUAAGACUGAAGUCACACUUAAUGUUGAACAAACAAAUGACCUGUAUGUAAAGAAUCAGCAGGAAGCUGUGAAGCAGGAAAUCAGUGACCACAUCAGUACAGGGAGCUUCACAAACUACAAAAAUCCUAGUUACAGUCAGAAUGCAGAUGCAUCUUUCAACCUUCUUCAGGAUAUAAAAAGCCAUGUAGAAAAUGUAUGUUCUGAAUGUGGAAAAUGUUUUACUAAGACAUCAUCUCUCAUUGGUCAUCAGAAAAUGCAUACAGGAAAGAAAGCAUUUUCAUGUUCUCAUUGUGGGAAAUGUUUUACUCUGAAAUCAAAUCUUAUUCAUCAUCAGAAAAUUCAUACAGGUGAGAAACCAUUUUCAUGUUCUGAAUGUGGGAAAUGUUUUACCUGGAAAUCAUCUCUUAAAUAUCAUCUUAUAAAUCAUACAGGAGAGAAAGGAUUUUCAUGUUCUGAAUGUGGGAAAUGUUUUGCCCGAAAAUCAAUCCUUAUUACUCAUGAGAAAAUUCAUACAGGAAGACAAUCAUUUUCAUGCUCUGAAUGUGGAAAAUGUUUUAUCCAUAAAUCAAAUCUUAAUAAUCAUCAGAAAAUUCAUGCAGGAGAUAAAGCAUUUUUAUGUUCUGAAUGUGGGAAAAGUUUUACUCUGAAAUCAACUCUGAUUACUCAUCAGAAAAUUCACACAGGUGAAAAAAUAUUUUCAUGUUCUGAAUGUGGAAAAUCUUUUACCAAUAAAUCAUAUCUCAUUGACCAUCAGAAAUGUCAUACAGGAGAGAAAGCAUUUUCAUGUUCUCACUGUGGGAAAGGUUUUACCCGGAAAGCAACGCUUAAUAAUCAUCAGAAAAUUCAUACAGCUGAGAAAGCAUUUUCAUGUUCUCACUGUGGGAAAUGUUUUACUCUAAAAUCAAAUCUUAUUACUCAUCAGAAAAUUCAUACAUGUGAGAAACCAUUUUCUUGUUCUGAAUGUGGAAAAUGUUUUAUCUUAAAAUCUUCUCUUAAAUAUCAUCAUCAAAUUCAUACAGGAGAGAGAGGAUUUUCAUGUUCUGAAUGUGGGAUAUGUUUUACUCUGAAAUCAUCCCUUAUUACUCAUUAUAAAAUUCAUACAGGAGAGAAAGCAUUUUCAUGUUCUGAAUGUGGGAAAUGUUUUACUCUGAAAUCAUCCCUUAUUACUCAUCAGAAAAUUCAUACAGGAGAGAAAGCAUUUUCAUGUUCUGAAUGUGGGAAAUGUUUUAUUCAGAAAUCACAUCUUAUUACGCAUCAGAAAAUCCAUAUUAGAAGAAAUCAGAGUUAAACCUAGUAAGUACAUAGGGUGACUCAUAGUCUUUUUCUGUACAAAACCUAGAGUGCUGAUGAUGAUUAUAUGUCUUCCUUUGAGUUCAUGCUUUUGGAUCUGUUUAAGGUCCCCUCUGCAUCUGAAGCUUGUUUACAAGAUGGCCUAAUGUGUUUAUUAUCACUAGAGGGGGAUCUGGUAUUUCAAUAUAGGUUAGAAUAUUAGUUAUCACCUUGUGUAAAUAAAAUGUGCAUUUAUUUUAGUAUAUGUUUAUAGAUGGUAGCUCCUAUGUGCAGAUAAAAGUUAUAUAAAUAUACCCAAAGACUUUUGAAGUUGCUAAACCCUUCUUUUUGAGGGCAUUAUAGUCAGGUGAUAAUUAAAGUAGAAUUUAAAGGGACAGUGUACCCUAAAUCUUUCUUUCCUUUAAUUUAUUCUCUAGGAUCCAUUUAACCUGUGGUGUUUUUUUGUUUGUUUUUUUUUAGUUAAUUUACCUUUAUAUCAGCAUUUGAAAGAGCUGAUUUUUGCUGGUGGUAUCCCUGCCUAUAUUGAAAUAUUCUGUUUUUAAAGGGACAGAUGGAGCGUGCAGUUUUAAACAACUUUCCAAUUUACUUCCAUUAACAAAACAUGCACAUUAUUUUUAUGUUUACACUUUUUGAGUCACCAGCUCCUACUGAGCAUGUUCAAGAAUUCACAAAAUAUACGUAUAUACAUUUGUGAUUGGCUGAUGUCUCUCACAUGAUACAGGGGAGUGGAAAUAGACAUAACUUUGUAAUUUGUCAGAAAAAUAUCUACUACUCAUUUGAAGUUCAGACUAAGGCCCUGAUAUUCUGAGUUUCUCCAGCUUUGAGAGAAAUUGCAGUUCAAACUUCAUAUGGGGUCGAACUCACUGAAUAUUCAAAACUCUCCAGCACUGCAAGAUAUUUCUCAUUUCUGUAUAUGAAGGAGAGACAAGCCCAGUGCAAUACAGCCCUGUAUGAUAUGAGAGUUUUGUUACACUUCUGAGUUACUUUAACAAAGUAGGAUCAUACUUUGUAUAUUUCUGUUUAUAUGUACAAAUUACAAUGCACCUUUAAAUUGCUGCAUUGCAAACUAAAACUGACACUUUCAGAAAGUGCGAGGGAGAAGGCAGUUCCCUGAGCUGAACAAGGGAGUUCCCAGGGUUUGUCUGAAACUCUCUCACAAGUCUUGUGACAUUUUCUAAACAUUUAAACAAGCUGUUCUCACUGAUUUGUCUCACCAGGUGAAGUUUGCUCAAAAUUCACAAUAGACCUUUUUUUUUAACUAACAGAGAAGUAGUAUCUCUGGGAUUUCCAAGUGCUGCCUCUGUGAAGUCUGCCCUAUAAUCACAAUUUGCAAAAUCACAAUUCUAAAUGCACUGCUGUACACAAAAUAAAAUACAAAAUAAAAUACAAAAUAGAAAGUGCAAAGUUUAAAUGUAAUAAAAUGUAAUCUGAAGUGUACAGUGAUAUAAAAUAAAAAGCACAAAGUGUAAAUGCAGCAGAACUGUCAUGUUAUGCAGUGCUAUAUUGCACUGAGCUUGUCUCUUUCACAUACAGAAAUGCAGGGAACUCCCCUUGGAGAAGUAAAGCAACAAGAAAUGUCACUUGCAGUGCUGGAGGAUCAUUUUAGAAAAUCUCACCUGAGCGGUUGGGUCUAUAUCAGGACCUAAGUGUUUGUACAUUGUCUUUUUAUCAUGUAUGUGUUGAUUAUGCAAAUCUACUGUAGUCCUUUAAAUGGACAUAAUACGUAUAUGCUAACUCACUUUAAAGGGAUGCAGCAUAACUGUAAGAAGCUGAACAUUUCAUAGUAAACUUCCUUAAACUGAAUAAGAAAAUAGCAUGACUGUGCCUGCACAUGCCAGAUGCACACUCCUUACAAGUCCUGGGACUAGCAUACUGAUUACAGUGGGUUGUGCAUAUUUAGGAAUUAUCUUCAUUUUUUUACAUAGAGAUAUUCAGGUGAUAUUUUCUAAUCGGCUUUUUACAGCUAUGCUGCAUCACUUUCAACUGCUUCAACAUUUGGGUAUCAUGUCCCUUUAAAGGGAGAGUCAAGUCCUAAUUAAAUCCUGAAAUUUUUUUGAACAUGUAAUUUUAAACAACUUCCCAUUUUACUUUUAUCACCAAUUUUGAUUUGUUCUCUUGUUAUUCUUAGUUGUAAUCUAAACCUAGGAGGUUCAUAUGCUAAUUUCUUAGAUUUUGAAGACUGCCUCUAAUCUGAAUGCAUUUUGACCACUAGAGGGCAUUAGUUCAUGUGUUUCAUAUAGAUAUUAUUGAGCUCAUGCACGUGAAGUGACCUAGGAGUGAGCACUGAUUGGCUAAAAUGCAUGUCAGUCAAAAUAACUGAAAUAAGGGGGCAGUCUGCAGAGGCUUAGAUACAAGGUAAUUACUGAGGUUAAACGUGUAUUAUUAUAACUGUGUUGGUGAUGCAAAACUGGGGAAUGGGUAAUAAAGGGAUUAUCUUUCUUUUUAAACAACAAAAACUCUGGUGUUGACUGUCCCUUUUAAGUAUUGGCUAUAGAAAAGCUUUGUAAACAAAGCCAGCAGAAGAAAUUGCACCCCCAGUGGAGUGUGAGAUAGAGAAGUUAUAAAAUGUUAAUUUUAAAUUGUUCUUUUUAAAGUACACUGAACCCCAAAUUUUUCUUUAGUGAUUCAGAUAGAGCAUGAAAUUUUAAGCAACUUUCUAAUUUACUCCUAUUAUCACAUUUUCUUUAUUCUCUUGGUAUCUUUAUUUGAAAUGCGAGAAUGUAAGUUUAGAUGCCGGACCAUUUUUGGUUAACAACCUGGGUUGUCCUUGCUGAUUGGUGGAUAAAUUCAUCCACCAAAAAAAAGUGCUGUCCAGAGUCUAAACCAAGAAAAAAGCUUAGAUGUCUUCUUUUUC